CUCUAGUCUUCACUGCAUCUUCCUAGCAACUUCCCUGUAUCCCUUCAUCAUCUUCCCUGCAAUCUUUCUUCCUAGUCAUUAUUUCAGCUUUCAAAACGGAGUUACAGCUAUACUUCAUAUGAUCAGUGAGUUUCCACUUUUCUUCACCUCUUAUUGUUCUGUUUUUGGUAUGUCCUUUUGCUGGGGUGGGGGAAGUGGGUUGUUUUGUGAUGGAGAAGAGAAAAUGGCAAGAGAAAAAGCUCGAACAUUCUUGGGUCUCUUCUGGAAAUUGUAGAUCUUUUAGAUUUUUGGGUGAACUCCAUGGGAUUUCUUUUAAUAUGCCUGUCGAUGAUUGUACUUAGGGAUAGAAUUUUUGGAAUAGAAGAUGGUUGCAGAAUCGUGGUUUCGUAAUUUGUGGAAAAUUUCACGGAAGCAUGAAGGUGGUCCUGAGAAGGUGGAAAUUGGAGUGUUGGCAUUUGAAGUUGCUAGCUUGAUGUCCAAGAUGGCGUAUUUAUGGCAAUCGUUAAGCGAUAAGCAAAUUGUUAGGUUAAGAGGUGAGAUCACAAAUUCUGCGGGCAUAAAGAAGCUGGUGUCAGAGGAUGAAGAUUUCAUUGGGAGUUUGAUAUGUGCCGAAAUGUUUGAGAAUAUGGUACAUGUGGCGAAAGCUGUGGCAAGAAUUGCAAAAAGAUGUCAUGAUCCGAGUUUGAAGAAUUUUGAGCAUGCUUUUGAUGACUUGAUCUUGACUGGAACUGACCCGAGUGGCUGGGAAUUUACAUCAAAGAAGAUGGAGCAGAAAGUUAAAAAGAUGGAGCGUUUCAUUUCAGUGAAUGCUACUUUGUAUCAAGAGAUGGAAUUGCUUGCAGAUCUUGAGCAAACACUAACGAGAAUGAAGAGUUGUGAAACAGAACCAGAAAAUUUGCUAGAGUUUCAGAAGAAAGUCAAGUGGAAGCAACAUGAGGUGAAGAGUUUGAGAGAGAUAUCUCUUUGGAAAAAGACCUAUGAUUAUACGGUCCGCAUUUUGGCAAGAUCAUUGUUUACAAUAUUCAGUAGGAUCAAAUAUGUCUUUGGAAUUGAACAGCCUGUAGAUGGUGGAGAUUCAAGCAUGAAGAAUUCUGAUUUUAUCUAUCGCAGCCAGUCUGUUUCUGCUUUGAUGCAAUCAUCAGUACAUCCAGCUGAGAAUUCUAGCAUUCCCAGAUUUUCAUCAGGUUCUCUUGCAAUGUUUACCAAUGAUUCAGGCCUGAUGACAAACACUAACAAAACAAAUUAUUUCCAUUCUGGUCCUCUUGGUGGCUCAACCACAAAAUCAGGUUCUAUUGCUAGAAAAAACAGAAAAUUUAACUUCCAUUCAGGUCCCCUCGGGAGAUCAGCUGCAAAGUCAGGAUCAAUUUCUGGAAUGGAUAAAAUCAGCAAGAAGUUUUGGCAGAAGCAGAACCGUCCAGCCAUCCCGAAUGCGAAGAAGCCAUAUUUGACAGCCAACCAAUUUACUCAAGUGGGACCUCUCAAAGGAUGCAUGGUAGGUGCUGAUAGUUCAACUGUUGUCAACUGUAAUACAAGUUCAAAUGGUGUUCAUUCAGGAAUCCUCAACGGAACCAGGGCUGGAAAUUUACUAGAACUUCCUGAGGGAAAUGCUGUUCAAAUUAAUUCAUCAGUCUUCAGAUCACAGCGCAGGUUUUUGGUUGCCCCUCCUGAAACUCUGGGUGCAACUGCUUUGGCACUGCACUAUGCAAAUGUUAUUAUUGUCAUAGAGAAACUGGCAGCAUCUCCUCACUUAAUUGGUCAUGAUGCUAGGGAUGAUCUAUACAACAUGUUACCUGCAAGUGUAAGAGCUGCACUUAGGGAAAAGCUUAAGCCAUACUCAAAGAGCUUAGCUUCAUCAAUUUGUGAUGCAGUGCUUGCAGAAGAGUGGACUGAUGCAAUGGCAAAAAUAUUGGAAUGGUUGGCGCCAUUAGCUCAUAACAUGAUUAGGUGGCAAUCUGAGCGGAGUUUUGAACAGCAGAACCUUGUUUCCAGGACCAAUGUGCUUCUUGUGCAAACCCUCUAUUUUGCAAAUCAAGAAAAGACAGAAGCCAUAAUCACUGAGCUUCUUGUUGGCCUGAAUUAUGUCUGGAGAUUCGGUACAGAACCCAAUGCCAAAGCUUUGCAGGAGUGUGCUAGUGAUAGAACUUUUAAAGAGUUCUUGGAUCUAGAAAAAUAGCAUCAUUUUUCAUCUGAGUUACAGUAUUCUUGGGUAUGACUAGCAUCAUCCUGUAUGUGGGCAAAGUUCCACUGCCUGGCUAGCCGUUACGCGACCUGCCAAUAUCAUUGCUCAUGCAUCAGAGGGAACAGUCCAGGCCACCCGCAAAAUACAGCGAAGGCAUGAUGAGUUCUUUACUGGUUAAAAUUAUGAGCUUACAUAUACUAAAGGUUAUACUUCUGGUUUUCUGGUAAGUGCUGAUAAUCCUUUCCCUGGUUCUGAAGAUUGUUUUGCUAUUAUAAAUAUAUAGUAGGCUUUUCACUCCAGGGAAUGUGUAUAUUAUUCAGCAAUACCCUUUUGUUUCAGUUGUAUGAUUAGUUCCUUCAUAUAUUGGAGAUCUUGUGGUUGAGGUUGAGUAUGCUUCUUUUGGAGAGGCCCCCAAUGGCUCAUGAUGUUGCAUUAUUUCUUCCUCACCUAAUUCCUCCCUAAAAUUGACUUUUAUUUAUUAAACAUGUUCCUAUCAU